AUGACUCGAUUGCAGACCAGCUUCCAUCAUGCUCCAUCGGCAAUUGGCACCCCCAUCUCAAAGACAUUUAUGAGUCUUCGGAAUGCCUCGUUCCCCCUAGAAGAUCCGCCAGAAGAUCUCUAUGAUGACAUUGCAACCAUUGAUGCAUAUCUCAAUGGAGAGGUUCAAGUAGAAGUCGAGCGAAUCAAUCGCUCAGACGACGGCCGCCACAAAGUGCAGUUCGUAAUGACAAUCAGUUGCAGUGUGGGUGUCAGAACUUCUUCGGACGGCCAUGGCGCGCUAUGCGCUCGAUUUAGAAUUGCAGAUACCGACUCUAAUAGUGUUGUGCCGUGGGACCGCUUGGCUGGUCAAGAUCCUUUGUCCGACGAGGCUGUUCAAAUUUCUCGCACUUGGUUAAAGACCUGUAACGAUAACCACAAGUCUUGUGUUGCAGAGUCUGCUCAGCUGCCAGCUCGUUUCUUGGACAUAUCCGACGAUGCUGAUGCUACCCAUGUUUUCCUUAAAGAGUUGCGGGACUUUGACCACAACACAGAUAGUCGCUAUGUUGCUCUCAGCCAUUGCUGGGGCACAGGCCCGAAUCUGUGUACAACUCGGUCAACCUUGCAAAAGCACAAGCAUGGAAUCAAGGUAUCCGAACUGCCACCGACAUUCAGGGAUGCUGUGAAUGUUGCGAGAAACCUGAGCGUGCGAUAUCUCUGGAUCGACUCUCUGUGUAUAGUCCAGGAUGACCCGCAUGACUGGCAGAUAGAAUCAGCCAAGAUGGCUUCAAUAUAUCGAGACGCCUAUUUCGUCCUUGGUGCUGCCUGCGGCGAGUCUGACGCUCAGGGCUUUCUUCACUCACGCCAUUGGCAGGAUGUGGUUACGCUUACACCGUUGGACCAAGGGACGACUUUGGCAUUACAACUCCUACCCCCAGAGACGGAUGAAGAUCACGUCGAUACGGUUUCCCAGGAACCUCUGAGUAAGCGCGCUUGGUGCUUGCAGGAGAGAUACCUGCCUCGAAGAAUGCUGUUGUAUGGAUCCCAACAAAUCCUGUGGGAAUGCCAAAAGAUGAGCGCGAGCGAAGAGGGCGACAUAAGGCUGCAUGACGGUAGCCAUCUAGAGCGGAUCUGCAAGACGGCGAAUAUUCCGGCGUCUGUCCUUGCACGUACGUGUAGGGAGCGCUAUGUAGGAGACAAGGAUGUGAAUUAUAUCGACUGGUAUAAAAUGGUUGAAGACUAUACCGGACGAUUCAUCACCAAAUCUUCUGAUCGGCUGCCUGCGCUAAGUGGCUUGGCUAAGGCUGUAUCUCAAUCAUCCAAAGAUGACUAUCUCGCUAGUCUAUGGAAGAAUAGCCUAAUCGAGGGUCUGACUUGGUGCGGGAGUCAAGGAGCCGAAAAGUUAGAAGAACCCAGAGAGUACAUCUCUCCGUCAUGGUCCUGGGCAUCCGUCACUGGAACAGUUCGGUUUCCUAUAUACAGCUGGUAUGAGCGAGCCCGCUGGUCAGCCAACAUGUCUGAUUUUGAGCCACUAGCUGAAUACGUGAGCCAUUCGUUAGACCUUCUGGACUUGGACCAACACGGACGUCUCAAGGGAGGAUGGUUACGGAUCAAUGCGCCCCUGUUUCCAAUCACAUCUCUAGAGCCUCGCGAGAGCUCACCACCAGAUCUCGUUUUAUACUUUGGAGGCGGAUUCGACAAACCGCACGACGAAAACGUCUCCCUCGACCAACUCUUCGUCGUCUUCUUAACUCGGCUACCAUUGAUCCUUGAAAACGGCUUCAUGGAACACCGAUUCGGCCUCAUUGUCGAGAAGACGGGAGACGGCGAGCAGUACCGGCGCGUUGGCUUCGUUGACGGGCUUGUUCUACGGAAAGUGUAUACUCCUUUGAAGAAGUGGGCUUUGAAAAUUGCAGGGGAUCCUGACGCAGAGGCAUAUGGAGUUGCGGGAUUCCGACGGCCUUUGCAGGAGGGAGAUAUGCAUAAUCUGGACGAACGUCCAAACAGACUAGCAUACGAUGCGUUGUGGGUUCGGGGAGCCGAUAUUACUCUAGUGUAAUGGGACUAUCAGUCCUUUUGUUGGAUCCGUCUAAUAAACAGCACUUGAAUGUUACAAAACUGGGCAAGUCGUUUGACUAGAUAAGCAAAACGUACUACUUGUGUUAAACAGCACUAUUAAGUAACUCUCAG